AUGCAACAGGAAACGCUUUCUCUAAGGAAAAAUCAUGUAAUCAUUUUGACAUCCACUCGCUGUGGUUCCUCCUUUCUUGGGCAAAUUUUCAACUAUAAAUCUGAUGUGUUUUACUUGUACGAACCCCUUCAGCCUGUUAAAAGUGCAAUUAGAUCACCUGGAAAGGACAACAGGCAUCUUUUUGGAGCUAGUCGUGAUCUUCUGCGUAGCUUGCUCAACUGUGACCUCUACAAGUAUGAGGACUACAUCUAUCCACCUCCAGAGGAACACAUUUUGAACAAAAUGUAUCGUCGGGGGGCCAGCAGAGCCCUCUGCUCCCCUCCAGUUUGCAAUGACUUCAAACCCCAAGAGGUGAGCUUUAAAGAGAGUGACUGUGUUGAGACAUGUGGCAAACUGAACAUGUCAUUGGCCAUUGAGUCCUGCCAGAAGAAAGGAAAUGUGGUCCUCAAAAUUGUUUUCAUGCCCCCGAGGAUUAUAGAGCUGAAGGAUCUACUGGAAGAUCCACGUCUGAACUUGAAGGUCAUUCAGCUGGUCCGAGACCCCAGAGCCAUUCUGUCCUCCAGGCUUGACAUCCGUCCUUCUUUAAAACCUUACCAGUCAUGGAACAUGCUGAACAAAGGUGAAAAAACAUCUAAUGUUCCUGACUUGGUGGAAUGUGAAGAAUUCCAGAUGUCAGUGGUCUUGGCUCUGAGCAAACCCUACUGGCUCCGUGGACGGUACAUGCUUUUGAGGUAUGAGGACUUAACCUUGAACCCAUUUAAAAAGGCUCAGGAAAUAUAUGAUUAUGUGAACAUACAAAUGGAUGAUACUGUGUUGGAUUGGAUAAAAAACAACACUCAGGCUGAAAUCAAGCACACAUUCAUGAAUCAGUAUGAAACCAAGAGGAACUCUUCUGAAACAGUAUACAACUGGAGAUCCAAAUUGUCAUUUGCAGCCGUUAAACAUUUGCAAGACAAGUGUAAACACACACUACAGAUGCUAGGCUACAAACAGGCUCUUUCUCAAGCAGAAAUAAAUGACUUGUCUUUUUCUCUACUUGAGGAACUUCCAUUUGAGCCCUUUGUGUGA